GCAAGAACAGCUGUGCUUUAGGAAUACCGACAAAUUUAUCCUUGGGCUCCUGAGGGUGGGCGGAGAAAUUAGUUAUCACUUUAAGAGAGUUAGCUCGUUCCUAGAGUGCUAAGGCAGAGGCCGACCCAAGUGUCGCGAGAACUGUAACGCCGGCAACAUCUCGCGAUGUUUGGCCCCGCAAAAGGUAGCCAUUUUGGAGUCCACACUGCGGCUGGUUGCCCCGGCGGCGUCUCCCAACCGGCUGGCGGGACCAAAGCUGGCCCUGCGGGUGUCUGGCCUGCGGGCGGCCACGCCGACACAAUGUGGCGGCUCCGCUGCAAGGCCAAGGAUGGCACCCAUGUUUUGCAGGGAUUGUCCAGCCGAACCCGGUUGUGGGAACUCCAGGGCCAAAUUGCCGCCAUCACCGGGAUCGCUCCCGGCGGUCAGCGAAUCCUUGUCGGAUACCCGCCCGAGUGCCUGGAUCUUAGCAACGGGGAUACCAUUCUGGGGGACUUGCCCAUCCAGUCAGGUGACAUGCUGAUCGUUGAAGAAGACCAAACCAGACCCAAAACUUCACCUUCAUAUACAAAAUAUGGUGCUCCUAGUUAUGUCAGGGAAACUUUGCCUGAGCUUACCAGAACCGUGGUCCCAGCAGACAACUCUUGCCUCUUUACCAGUGUAUACUAUGUCGUUGAAGGAGGAGUCUUGAAUCCAGCUUGUGCCCCUGAGAUGAGACGUCUCAUAGCACAAAUUGUAGCAAGUGAUCCCGACUUCUAUAGUGAGGCAAUACUGGGAAAAACAAAUCAAGAGUACUGUGACUGGAUCAAAAGGGAUGAUACUUGGGGGGGAGCAAUUGAGAUAUCAAUUUUGUCUAAGUUUUAUCAGUGUGAAAUAUGUGUAGUAGAUACACAGACAGUAAGAAUUGAUCGUUUUGGGGAAGAUGCAGGAUAUACCAAAAGGGUUCUACUGAUCUAUGAUGGCAUCCACUAUGAUCCACUUCAGCGAAACUUCCCUGAUCCAGAUACCCCUCCUCUGACCAUUUUCUCCUCUAAUGAUGAUAUUGUUCUUGUACAAGCACUGGAAUUAGCAGAUGAAGCUAGAAGAAUGAGACAAUUUACUGAUGUAAACCGCUUCACCCUGAGAUGCAUGGUGUGUCAGAAGGGAUUAACUGGACAAGCAGAAGCAAGGGAACAUGCCAAGGAGACAGGCCAUACCAACUUUGGAGAAGUGUGAUCUAUGCAUAAUGAGGGUUGAAGCCUACUACCUCACAGAUCCAGAAAGCUCUGGGUUUUCUAAUAAGCUAUUCUUAACCGUGAAGAACAAAGGACACAAUGCUUGAACCAUCCUUUUAACUUAAACCACUAAGACACUGAAAUUCCUUGUUAAGAUUAAAAUUAGUGUGCAAGUUUACAGAUGUGUGUCUACAGUGGUGAUACAUGCCCUGGUUUCUGCUGGGGUGACGGAAUAGGUGGUCCUCAGCCACUUACUGACACUAACCUGAAGAUUGGAUUUUAGUAUUACAAACUAAACUUGUAGAAGAAAACAUAUUUUGGGUAAUGUGGAAGGCCUCAUGUUAAGGCCAUUGGACAUAAACCACAGUGCUCCAGUAAUUGAUUCCUUUUAAUAACUGAGUUAAUAGUUUCUAAAUUAAGAAUUCAUCAAAUGAAGAUACUCAGAAUUGUCAAAACUAAUUUUAUAUUGCAAUUUGUUAGACUUUGUAAGUGUGUACUUAACCACUUAUAAGUACAGCAAGCAAUUUUUGCAGGGAUAAGUCUAUUCCUUGAGAAUGUUAUCUAAACAGGAACUGAUAGGGUCCUGUUUAAGAUUUCUAGUGUAUAAAAGUAGAAUGUAUGAGGGAAAAGGUGCCUGAAGCAGCUUAUUGAAGCUUUAAAAGACCAUUGGCCUCAUGUUUUAAUGCAAUUUAUGUUUUAGUGUUUGUCACAUUGGACAAGAUUUUUAAAUUAAGCAGGGUAUGCUAUUUUAAAGUUCCUUGAAAUUUGAGUGCUAAAUUUUUGCUUUUUUUUUUUUUUAACAUACAGACUGACCUGGAGGGCUUUAAUUUCUUUAGCCUUUUUGUUAAGAGCACUUCCUCCAAGAAAAAGUCUUCAUUUGAAGUGAUAAUGCUAUGCCUUGGUUUGGUUUUUAAAAGCGCUUUUGCAUUUCUAACCAGUGUUUUUGUGCUGGCAGUAUCCCUCCAUUAAUGCUCUUUGGAAUAUUCCAUGUUACUAUAAGUUAGCACUUAUCUUUCAUAUUUUAUUUUGACCUUUGAACAGUUUUAAAGUAAUUGGUGUAAUUUGUUUCACUUCCAAAAUAUGAAAGUUUUUAAAUCCUUGCCUUAUUCAGCUUUCUGAAUUCUGCUUCUUCCUGAUGUCAGAUGUGUAGCCAUUUGCUUGGUGAACUAAUCCUCAAGGCACACCCUCUAAAACUUAGCUUCACUACAAGAUCUUCCAUAUAAAGUUUCCUACCUCUUAAUUCUGAAGAUCAGGGAUGCUAAAUUAUAAUUUGUUAUAUAUUUUACACAAUGUGAAGAGGCUUAAUGUGAAGUUUUGUUAUCUCGUUCUCAUUUUUUUAUUAUCUCGCUUAGAGAACCAGUGGAUACUUUAAAGCACUUAAUAACUCCACAUAUCUUCUUGGCAGAUGUUUUAAACUUGAGAUUCACCUUUAGCGCUUUCACUUGGUGAAGAUGACCUAAAAUUAAGGAAUAUUAAGGUGAACAAUUUAGGAGGAAAUUUCCUUUAAGGAACAAUUCACAAAGUGUGCUUCAAAUCAUCAGAUGACAUUUCCUGAGUACCUUUUGUGUGCACAGCUGUUUUAGGCAUUAUAAAUUAUUAUUAUCAGUAUGAGUUGAAAGUGUUUCUUUUUUACUGAGCCUUAAAAAUAACACUUGUGAGCUUAUAAUACUUAAUGUUUGGCAAUCAUCAUAUGAACAGAUGAUACGAAAAUCUCUUCAUACCUGUCACCUGGUCUAGAUGGUUUUUGUAUGUCCUUUAUUUUUCCCCCAGAAAAUAUUAAAUUGAAAACUGUAAAUGAAGAUUAUACUACUGGGUAGCAUCCAUCAAAUUGAACUUUUAUCCAUCAUUAUUCAUAAAAUUUACUUUCCUUGCCACUUCGGGAGCCAAAUUUGAUAUUUGUUUACUGAAAUUUUAGAUCUAGAAGUUUAUUCAUGUGACAAAUAUUUAUUGAGUAAUUUAUAAUGUGCUUGUCAUGUUUUAUGUUUUGAUAUUUCCCAGCAUACAUUUUUGUCACUUUAAAAUUGAAUAUAGUUACCUAAAAAUUGAGUAUAUGUUAUCUACAGUAGAUUAAUUUAAAACAUGGAAAGACAUAGAACACUGAUAAUUUAUAAAAUUAAGCCCCUUCACUAUAAUUGUUAUUUACAUGUUGUCAAGUAUUUAUUUGGAAUCUUACUCUGUUUUAUCUUUUACCUAGGUUGUCUGUUCACCAGGUGGACAUCAAUGUUCAAAUUGCUUUCAGAAUUCACUUUUUAAAUUAAUAUUUGCUGAGAUUCAGCACUAGUACUUUGGUGUUCUUAUCAUGGAAAAAUUCAAGAUGAAACAGUAUUUGCUGACAAUAAUUAAGGACUUAAAACUUAAACUGCUAAUUCUAAACUCUGACCUGAAAGCCUCAGAAUUUAAAGGGGUUUUUUCUCUUCCCUGCACUUAGUAAACUCUUAAAAAUUACUCAUGUGAGUAAAUCCUCAUCAUGAGAAUUUUGAAAAAUCUAUGGAUUUAGUACUUACCAGUAUUAAAAGAACUGUCCUAAGUUUGCACUGGAGGAGCAGAAUGAAACCCUUCUUCCUAUCAGUUUUUACCUGUCAUACAAGAUUUUUUUUUUUAAUUAAAACGAGAACAGUUUAUACAUUAGUGGCAGAAUGAAUUGACUACUUUCCCACCCUAUCACCUGUUUUCCUUUCCCUUACUCUUCCGAUUAAAGAUUAGGUAUAGUGCUAUGAAGAUUCACUCAUAGAGUGACUUCAGAAGUUAAAAGUAAUAUCCAUGAGAAUUUUGUGAAGUUAGUCACAUGAAGACAUCAGUAUGUUUUGCUAAUUAUUAUUUCCCAUGAAUGAGAAAUGAGCGUGGUCCAGUGGUACCCUUGAAGCUUGACUGCUGGUCAGCUUGAACCUGUUACAAACUAUAUAAUCAUUCCAUUGUUCCAUGAAGUUCAAGUCCCAGCAAAAUCAUUAUCAGUAAUUUAUUUAUUUAUGCCCCUAAGUGCCAUGCCUAACUUUUUGCCUAGGUUAUUUCUUCUGUCCUGUGUAGAGAUUAAAACAUGGGUAUUGCAAGGUAUCCUAGCUAAUCAUAGUUUUCUAUGUCUUGAAAAAAUUGAAAUGGGGGAGUAUGUACAAUUAAGCAAGAGAGAUUUUUUUUUCAAUAAAUCAGGUGGCCUUCUUAAACUUGCAUAUAUUAAGAGUUAUGUUCUUUCAUACGUUGAGACACAUUUAUUAUUUGCAGCACUUUAAAAAAUAUGAAAUAAAAGUUUACAUGUUAGCCCUAUAGGGACCUUGUUGAGGACAUUAGAAUAAAAUUCCUGAGCUGCUAACCAUCGGCUCUUCUUAAUCAACUAUUGCCAUAAGUGUUUAGUGUAUCAAGUGGUAAACAUUCUGGUGUUUUGAUAACAGUAGAACUCAAUUUCAGUAACUAUUAGGAGCAUGAUCUGUGCCCUAGCUUAAAAAUGUUACUUAUUGCUAUGAAGUGAUUAUAAUUUAUCAUGUUAUACAGUGCAGUAUUUAAAUUUGUUCUUGUAGCACAAAGAUGACUAACAAUUUCUAAAAGAUUAGAUUCUUAAAGCUCUUUGUUUGUUUCUAAACAAACUUAUUUUAAGGAAACUGAUUUUUAAGUCUAAGUGGAACACUUAAUUUGAGUAAGCUAGUUUAUUAACUAAAGAUGUUUUCUUAUUAAGAAUUUAAUAUUUUAGUACAUUUCAUCCAAUAUGAAAAGGAACUUCCCUGAUUCAGGGUAAAUGUUUUCUUUUCCAAAAGCUAGCUAGCACUUUGUUACAGUGCUUUGAAUAUUUGGCUUGGAAAAAGGUAUUACAUUGAUACUGAAUUGUGAGGUGCUGAGUUAGGUCUUGAUUCACAUGCAUUUAAUGGAGGUUGAUAAUCCUGUGGUAUUUUAGAAAGGAGAAUAAAGUCCCACUAAAAGGGAAGAGAUUGUCAAAUAAGUGCAUUACUUGUCAUGUCAUAAAUUAUAAGUUUCAGAAAAUUUUUCAAGCAAUGCCUUUGUAUUGCCCCAACCCAUUUCCUCCAUUUCUUGGCAUAGAAUAUAGUAGGCUCAUAGAUGAAAAGGAGCAUCAUUAAAGUAUAAGACCAUGAAUAUGUGAAUUUUGCUGAUUUCCUUUUAUACUUUUAUUUCCUAAAAUAGUAACCUACAUGUAGGAGUUUAAGGAUAGUGAAGAGGCAUGAUUUCAUUAAGUUAUAGGUAGACAGAAAGGUUAACCUCAGAAAGAAUUUCUAAAAGAUUAUGUGAGUCUGACUUUUGGUAUAAUUAACUACUUGGUAGUUAAUUAUAAUCCAUAAAUUAAGUAAAGGACCAGGGGACCCAAUUCUUGUCGUUUUUCCAGUUCACAUUGGUGCCAUCCAAGACGCAAACUGUUUACAGGAAAUAUAUACUUAGUAAAGUUAUAUUUUCCUUUAAAAUCUUUGAACUUAGCUUCAAAUGCACAAUAAGUAUGUAUAGUUUGUCCAAAGGAAUAAAGAAUAACAAUGGUUCUGUAGUUCCUGCAUUAAUACAGUAAAGGAGAGGUUCCUCAAGCAAGAAGAAAACCACAAGACCAUCAAACUUAGAGCUUUAGAAUAUGGCUUGAAAAAGUAGGGAAAGGCAAAACAAAACAAAGCUCAUUUUCUUGACGUAAGAUAUUUUUUUCUAAUGAAGAAUGGACAGUAUUGUUUUUGAAAUGUUCUUUUGUCUCUGCCAGCUUUCUUUCAAAGUUAAUGCAUUGCUGCUACCUGGAAGAUACUUCAUUUUGUAAAACUCAUGUGAUUUUGCCAUUGUCAUUAAGAUGCAUUGAUUUUAUUUAUGAGGUGUAUGACUUUAAAUAUAUAAAUGCUGUAUGAAGUGACUUGUUUUAAAGGAAUAAAUUAAUGAAAACCUU